AAGUUAAAGACUUACUCUCCUCCCCCCUCUUCCUCUCAUUUCUUCCCUUUGCUUCAGCUCAUCAACUAUACCAUGAGUCAUUCACCUAAGUCCAAUCCCGCCGGAUCAUACCACGGCCUGUCAAUUCCUCCCCAACCCUACCACCAAAAGCCCCAAAGCUGCCGCUGCUGCCUCCUCAGCACCACCUACAAAACCUUAAUCGCCUUAUGCAUCUUCCUCGGCAUUGCUAUCCUCGUCCUCUGGCUUAUAUUUCGACCCCACAAGAUCAAAGCCGCAGUCGAGACCGCCACCCUCACCCGCUUCAACCUCACUGGCACAAACCUUACCUCCCUCUCCUACAACCUCUCCGCCGACAUCAGUCUCCGAAACUCCUACAGGAGGGUUGGCAUCUAUUAUGACGAUCUCCAUGGCGAGACCUACUACAACGGCGAGCGGUUCGGUUUCAUGACACUUCCUACCUUUUACCAGGGCCACAAGAACACUACCAUGUUGCACCCAGUCAUGGAGGGGACGUCGGUCUUCGGGCUCGAGAGCUCCGGCAUGGAUGAAUUCAGGAACGAAGAGAAGAUGGGGUUCUUCAACGUGGACGUUUGGUUAAUCGGACAAAUAAGGUACAAGUUUGGGUCGGUGGUCUCGAGGCGCCGCCGGCUGAGGGUAAGGUGCAAUAAGUUGAGGGUCCCGUUGGUGACGAAGGAGACUCCGGGAGCAGCCGGGUUUGGGAGGACAGAGUGCCAUGUGGCCCAUUACUGAUCGGUGAGCCAUGUUCUUUCUUCUUUGUUAAUAGCUUCUGUCGGUGGCCGUAUGUUGUUUUGAGGUAAAAAGGUAUGCAGCCGUCCAUGGCCGCCGUAAAGAGGUAAAGAGAUGGAUAACUAUUAGACAAGAUAGUUCAUGAGUAGCAAUAUCAUAUUAUAGACGGUGCUUAUUGUUUGAUAUCCAUCUUCUUGAUGGCAACAGUACUCUAUGAUGCAGCUCGUGCUUGUAUUUUAAUGGUCCGAGAACUAUAUAAUUUAGAUUGUGUUUUGGGGUUC